CCCAAUAUUUAUAGGACGAAUCAUCCGCUUCCGUUCCGUGCCUCCGACCUGUGGCUCACAUCGUCACUUCGUCCUCGGCUAAAAUCAGAGAGAGACUCUUUUCUCACGGCGUAGAACCGACGGGCUUGUCGAUCUGAAAUUCCCUAGCAAGCGAAGCGUAGUCAUCUCAGUUGAAGAAAUAGGACUGGGUGUUUGAUUUACUGUUUUUGAAUCUGUGUUUGUGAAGUCAAGUUGGCUGGAGGAAUAUUGAAAGUUUUUACGAGCUUUAGGGUUAGGGUUUUCAAGGGGGGAGAAAUUGAGUUCGGCAUAAUCCAAGCAAGAUGGCUUCCGUGGAUCCUGAGAUUGCGAAGACCCAAGAAGAAAGGAAAAAGAUGGAACAACAGCUUGCGUCUCUAACUUCAGUUACUUUCGACACCGAUCUAUAUGGCGGCAACAACCCCUUUGAGGGCUACGAACAAUCGAUUCCCGUCAAUGACGAGGACUACGAGAACUUUGAUUCAAUGGAUUCGGAGGUCGCGAGAAAGUUGGCAUCGUACACAGCCCCCAAGUCCUUGCUGAAGGACAUGCCCAGGGGUGGGGAUGAGGACGCUUCCAUGGGCGGGUUCAAGAAACCUCAGAGGAUUAUUGAUAGGGAGGAUGAUUACAGGCGGAGAAGAUUGAACCGGGUUAUCUCUCCAGACCGUCAUGAUGCGUUUGCUGCCGGGGAUAAGACCCCUGACGUGUCUGUCAGGACCUAUGCUGAUGUAAUGAGGGAGGAGGCUUUGAAGAGAGCGAAGGAAGAUACUUUGAGGGCAAUUGCGAAAAAGAAGAAAGAAGAGGAGGAGAAUAAGGCUGCAGACAAGGAAAGAGAACCACCACCUGCUGCUGCGUCACUGCAACCAUCUCAGCAGCAAAAGAGGAGGAAUAGGUGGGAUCAAUCCCAGGAUGAUAACUCUGCUAAGAAAGCUAAGACUGCUUCAGAUUGGGAUUUGCCUGAUUCCACUCCUGGGAUUGGAAGGUGGGAUGCGACACCAACUCCUGGAAGAAUUGGUGAUGCAACUCCAUCCCUGUCUAGGAGGAACAGGUGGGAUGAGACCCCCACGCCUGGCCGUUUGGCUGAUUCAGAUGCAACCCCUGCAGCCGGUGGGGCUACUCCUGGUGCUACCCCAGCUGGGAUGACCUGGGAUGCCACCCCUAAAUUGGCAGGACUUGCUACUCCAACCCCAAAACGUCAGAGAUCAAGGUGGGAUGAGACUCCGGCUACAAUGGGAAGUGCCACACCAAUAGCUGGUGCUACCCCUGCUGCUGCAUAUACCCCUGGGGUGACUCCUGUAGGAGGGGUUGAACUUGCUACACCCACUCCUGGAGCUAUUAAUCUCCGUGGUGCCAUAACUCCCGAGCAGUAUAAUUUGUUGAGGUGGGAGAAGGAUAUUGAAGAAAGAAACCGCCCUUUAACAGAUGAAGAGCUGGAUGCCAUGUUCCCACAGGAGGGCUAUAAGAUUCUAGAGCCACCACCAACCUAUGUACCUAUCAGGACACCUGCUAGAAAGCUUCUCGCUACCCCAACUCCACUGGGAACACCUCUUUAUUCUAUUCCUGAGGAAAACCGUGGUCAACAAUUUGAUGUUCCAAAAGAGUUGCCAGGUGGAUUGCCAAUGAUGAAACCCGAAGAUUAUCAGUACUUUGGUGCGUUGUUGAACGAAGAAAAUGAAGAGGAGAUGUCCCCUGAAGAGCAAAAAGAGCGAAAGAUCAUGAAGCUUCUGCUCAAGGUCAAGAAUGGGACACCUCCUCAGAGGAAAACAGCUCUGAGACAGCUUACUGACAAGGCUCGAGAAUUCGGUGCUGGUCCAUUAUUUAAUCGGAUUUUGCCACUGCUUAUGCAACCCACAUUGGAGGAUCAGGAGAGACACCUUUUGGUUAAGGUAAUUGAUAGGGUGCUAUACAAGUUAGAUGAAUUAGUCCGUCCUUAUGUGCACAAAAUUCUGGUCGUGAUUGAGCCCUUGUUGAUUGAUGAAGAUUAUUAUGCUCGUGUAGAGGGUAGGGAGAUCAUUUCCAAUCUCAGCAAGGCAGCUGGUUUGGCUACUAUGAUUGCUGCUAUGCGUCCAGAUAUAGAUAACAUAGAUGAGUAUGUGAGGAACACCACUGCAAGAGCCUUUAGUGUUGUUGCUUCAGCGCUUGGCAUUCCUGCAUUGCUGCCAUUCUUGAAAGCUGUGUGUCAAAGUAAGAAAUCUUGGCAAGCUCGUCAUACUGGCAUCAAAAUUGUUCAGCAGAUAGCAAUUCUGAUUGGUUGUGCUGUUCUUCCACACUUGAGAUCUCUUGUUGAAAUCAUUGAACACGGUCUCAAUGAUGAGAACCAGAAGGUCAGAACCAUUACGGCUUUGUCUUUGGCUGCUCUUGCUGAGGCUGCUGCACCUUAUGGUAUUGAAAGCUUUGACUCAGUUCUUAAGCCAUUGUGGAAGGGUAUUAGAUCACACCGUGGGAAAGUAUUGGCCGCUUUCUUGAAGGCAAUUGGUUUCAUCAUCCCUCUGAUGGAUGCAAUAUACGCCAGUUACUAUACAAAAGAAGUGAUGAUUAUUUUAAUUCGGGAGUUUCAGUCCCCUGAUGAAGAAAUGAAGAAAAUUGUGCUGAAGGUGGUCAAGCAGUGUGUGAGCACGGAAGGUGUGGAGGCAGAUUACAUCAGAAAUGAUAUUCUUCCCGAGUUUUUCCGGAAUUUCUGGGUCAGAAGAAUGGCUUUGGAUCGCAGAAACUAUAGGCAGCUUGUGGAAACAACUGUGGAGAUUGCUAACAAGGUUGGUGUGGCAGAUAUAGUGGGAAGAAUAGUUGAGGACCUUAAAGAUGAGAGUGAGCCAUAUAGGCGUAUGGUUAUGGAGACAAUUGAGAAGGUGGUUACAAAUUUGGGUGCAUCUGACAUUGAUGCCAGAUUGGAGGAGCUUCUGAUUGAUGGCAUUCUCUAUGCCUUCCAGGAGCAAACCAGUGAUGAUGCAAAUGUGAUGCUUAAUGGGUUUGGUGCAGUUGUGAAUUCCUUGGGGCAGAGGGUGAAGCCAUAUCUUCCCCAGAUAUGUGGUACUAUAAAGUGGCGCCUGAACAACAAGAGUGCGAAAGUGAGACAGCAAGCGGCUGAUCUCAUCUCCAGGAUUGCUGUGGUCAUGAAGCAGUGCCAAGAAGAGCAGCUGAUGGGCCAUCUCGGGGUUGUCUUGUAUGAGUAUUUGGGGGAGGAGUACCCAGAAGUUUUGGGAUCAAUACUGGGAGCGCUUAAGGCAAUUGUUAACGUUAUUGGUAUGACAAAGAUGACUCCUCCAAUAAAGGAUUUGCUCCCUCGAUUAACACCCAUAUUGAAGAAUCGUCAUGAGAAAGUCCAGGAGAAUUGUAUUGACCUUGUUGGUCGAAUUGCUGAUCGUGGUGCUGAGUUUGUACCUGCAAGAGAGUGGAUGAGAAUCUGUUUUGAGCUUCUGGAGAUGCUUAAAGCACACAAGAAGGGUAUCCGAAGAGCUACUGUUAACACGUUUGGGUACAUUGCAAAAGCCAUUGGGCCACAAGAUGUCCUGGCAACAUUAUUGAACAACCUCAAGGUGCAAGAGCGUCAAAAUCGUGUCUGCACUACUGUGGCAAUUGCAAUUGUUGCAGAAACAUGUUCUCCUUUUACGGUUCUACCUGCCUUGAUGAAUGAGUAUCGUGUGCCAGAGCUUAAUGUUCAGAAUGGUGUUCUGAAGUCCCUCUCAUUUCUAUUUGAGUAUAUAGGUGAAAUGGGGAAGGACUAUAUUUAUGCAGUGACUCCAUUACUUGAGGAUGCCUUAAUGGACAGGGAUCUGGUUCAUAGACAGACUGCUGCUUCUGCUGUGAAGCACAUGGCGUUAGGAGUUGCUGGGUUAGGAUGUGAGGAUGCUUUAGUUCACUUGCUGAACUAUGUCUGGCCAAACAUUUUUGAGACAUCGCCCCAUGUUAUAAAUGCUGUUAUGGAAGCCAUUGAAGGGAUGAGGGUGGCACUGGGUGCAGCUGUAGUGCUCAACUACUGUCUUCAGGGACUAUUCCAUCCUGCUAGGAAGGUCAGGGAAGUGUACUGGAAGAUCUAUAACUCGCUGUAUAUUGGAUCUCAAGACGCACUUGUUGCUGCAUAUCCUAUGCUGGACAAUGAGGACCAUAAUGUAUACAGUAGGCCUGAGUUGAUGAUGUUUGUCUGAGUUCCAGCUUAUGUGAUGCAGGUUAAAGCUACGAAAGACUUACGUUAGAGGUAUCAAGGGCAGCUCAUGAGUUGUAGGUGGCUUUUGGAACCAAUGAGAUUCACAAAAAUGGUAAUUUGACCUCUUGUCUGAAAACUGCAAAGCAUUACUUUGUUUGGAGUUGGCUGCAGUAAAGAAUCUUGGGCACAUACGAUGUUUUAUGGUGUUAUGCUCAUGCACAACUUGGUUAUUACUGUUAUAACUAUGAUCUAGUGGUGUAUGCUUACUAGUUUGAGUGGAAUCUACUAGUAUUGUUACAGGACAGUUAGUCUGAAUGAUGAAACAUAUUUGUUUUUUUAGUAUAGGAACCAGGUUGUUUUUGGGCAAUCCAACUCUGCAGGGCACUAGAUGAUAUAAAGCAAGGCAUUUGCUGGACAUUAAUAGAGAUGGCCUUUAAAACUUUACUAGGCCCCGUUCAAAGUUUCAUUUCAGAUGCAAGUCUGGCGUUAUCAUUUCAGCUGCUUUACCUGAAAAGCUUAGGACAGUGCACUUGAAUAUGAAAUGGGUGGUUGCAUAUUUGGCCUUUCUUGGUUGAAAUCAACAGGCCCUAUUUUUGUACGUUUAUCCCCAAAAGAAUUGUAUAAUUUUAAUUGAUAUGAUGUUCUUAAUUUGCAAUUA